AUGUCUCCCUCCUACGGCUCUUCAAUGUACACGGAGGCUCUUCCUAUGCCCGUUCCAGCAAAAGACGGGUAUGCGGACUAUUACCAGGGCUACCAAGGCUACCAAGGAGGUCACAGCACAUACUCUGUUUCACCACCGGAAUCAGAAAAUGCUGUCAGUUCCGCAUCUGGUGGUGUCUCUUACAGCAGCCCUGGUUACUCUGCCACAGCUAGCUAUGCUGGUAGCAUGCAUGGCGACUACGAAAGCUCAGUGUCUGCUGGCGGCGUGGACUUCAACGAGUACAUGCAAGAUCGCUUCAGUAACGCGUUCGACCCCAUUCCGCUGGACAUGAGUGUCGCAAAACAGGCACACACGUCUGGUCUCUUGAAUGACAAGCAGCGCCAGCUGCUGGAGCUGCAGCAAAAGGCGCAAGCGCGUCUUGCCAAGAUGCACACGCGGUUCGCCGAGGGAAGACAAGAUGCACGCGAAGUGCGCGCCAACCUUGAAUGGUCGCAGAAGAAAUUGACAUCGCUAAACGCAAAAGCGUCAAAGAAGCACUCCAAGGAGUACAAGAAGGCUCGCGAACGGUACCCUUCCCCAGAGUACUAA